UUGACCGUAAGGUCGGACUGUUUUGAUGCAGUUAGCGGAAAUGUUGACAUGAAAAUGUAACGGGAGGUCUGGAUUAUCGAAUUUAUUUCCAUCGAUAGAACAUAUUCCUGUAUAAUAAUAGAACGCUAUAGUCGUUGGCCGGUAAUAGCUAAUCAGGGGAGGCAUGUUGCAAAUAACGCAACAGUUUUUUUUCCUUCGACCUUCUCAGAGAAUAUCAAGAAUGCAUCGAGUUAAAACUGUGUUUACGUGAACUAGCGGUGUCGAGCUGAACGUUUGUUGUUGUUAUAGGUUAUUUCGUGAACCUCCUAACUAAUGUCAAAUCGCUUGAUAGCUGUGCUAUUGCAAAAGCUGGCAUUUCAGGACAAAUCAUUGCUGUCUUCCCUGAAAUGGACACUCCAAAUACACUACCCAAUAUUACUGCUGGUCUCAGAGCAAUGACACUGUCCUUAUCCUGCUCCUUGUCAACAUAACUAGCUGAGCUAAACAUUCCCGGUUUAGUUUUCUAUGACACUCAAAACUUAUGCUCGACUAGAUUCGUUGGAAUCGCUCCUCCACGAACUUCCCUGUAUGUUUUAUCUGGGCCUGUUUUUUGUGAACGUUUUGAUCCUCUACUAUGCCUUUCUAAUGGAAUACAUCGUCCUGAAUGUGGGGAUAGUGUUUCUACCGGAAGAUAUGGACCAGGCGCUGGUGGACCUCGGGGUACUAUCUGACCCGGCCUCUGUCCCUUACGACACGGACACAGAACUCGAUGUUUUCGAGAGGUACCUGGAGUGAGCUGAGGCCCAAGGCUAGAGAGGCAGAGAGAAGCGCCGCUGCACCGGCAUGCUCCGCCGGGGUGAACUGGACUCCUACCGGCCUGUGAUGAUGAUGAUGAUGUUGGGAGAGACUGAUACUGGGAACUCCAGGAGGAGGAUAUUUGUCUUGGCUUGGAGCAACAUUGGCUGCAGGGUGAAAAAGUUGUCAAGGCUCAAGACCAGAUAUCUGGAGAGAGUCAGAACCAACAGACAGACAGGACAAUUCACAGCAGAGUUACCUGUCAAAACUGUCUUAACUGGCCAAUCAACAAGCAGAACUGUCUAACUGUGGCCAAUCAACAAGCAGAACUGUCAAACUGUGUCCAAUCAACAAGCAGAACUGUCUAACUGGCCAAUCAACUACCAGAACUGUCGAACUGUGUCCAGUUAACAUGAAGAACUGUCUAACUGGCCAAUCAACAAGCAGACCUGUCUAACUGUGGCCAAUCAACAAGCAGACCUGUCUAACUGUGGCCAAUCAACAAGCAGGACUGAUUAACUGUGGCCAAUCAACAAGCAGACCUGUCUAACUGUGGCCAAUCAACAAGCAGACCUGUCUAACUGUGGCCAAUCAACAAGCAGACCUGUCUAACUGUGGCCAAUCAACAAGCAGGACUGACUAACUGUGGCCAAUCAACAAGCCGGACUGUCUAACAAUCAACAAGCAGACCUGUCUAACUGGCCAAUCAACAAGCCGGACUGUCUAACAAUCAACAAGCAGACCUGUCUAACUGGCCAAUCAACAAGCCGGACUGUCUAACUGGCCAAUCAACAAGCAGGACUGUCUAACUGGCCAAUCAACAAGCAGGACUGUCUAACUGGCCAAUCAACAAGCAGAACUGUCUAACUGGCCAAUCAACAAGCAGACCUGUCUAACUGUGGCCAAUCAACAAGCAGACCUGUCUAACUGUGGCCAAUCAACCAGCAGGUCUGUCUAACUGGCCAAUCAACUAGCAGGACUGUGACUGGCCAAUCAACAAGCAGGACUGUCUAACUGGCCAAUCAACAAGCAGAACUGUCUAACUGGCCAAUCAACAAGCAGACCUGUCUAACUGUGGCCAAUCAACAAGCAGGACUGUCUAACUGUGGCCAAUCAACAAGCAGGACUGUCUAACUGUGGCCAAUCAACAAGCAGACCUGUCUAACUGUGGCCAAUCAACAAGCAGGACUGAUUAACUGUGGCCAAUCAAUAAGCAGACCUGUCUAACUGUGGCCAAUCAACAAGCAGACCUGUCUAACUGUGGCCAAUCAACAAGCAGACCUGUCUAACUGUGGCCAAUCAACAAGCAGACCUGUCUAACUGUGGCCAAUCAACAAGCAGGACUGAUUAACUGUGGCCAAUCAACAAGCAGACCUGUCUAACUGUGGCCAAUCAACAAGCAGACCUGUCUAACUGUGGCCAAUCAACAAGCAGACCUGUCUAACUGUGGCCAAUCAACAAGCAGGACUGACUAACUGUGGCCAAUCAACAAGCCGGACUGUCUAACAAUCAACAAGCAGACCUGUCUAACUGGCCAAUCAACAAGCCGGACUGUCUAACAAUCAACAAGCAGACCUGUCUAACUGGCCAAUCAACAAGCCGGACUGUCUAAC